UGUGGGGUAAACUGUUCAGGAUGCUUUUGGCGAGGACAGCCACAAGUUGCCAAAGGCAGGGAGUGCAGGAAAAGCCUCCAGAGGGCUGAUAUCAACCAAGUUUCACUGCCCAAGCAUGCCACCUGUCUGCCAACCUUUGUCCCUUCCCACCCCUUCUCUGAUUUCCAGAUAGAAAAGCAAAGCAAGGUCCUUGGAAGUGCCAUGGCUUCUCUGCUCCCGGCCCCAGAAUGGCAGAGGAUGAUUUUGUGCUCCUUCUGCCAGGAGCUCUUCAAGACAUUGUUGACCUUUGAUGGCUGCAAGCACCGGAUCUGCUGCUUUUGUGCCAGACGAAUCUGGGGCCAAGUGGGUGCUGCCAGGCACUGUCCUCAGUGCAGCAUGCUCCCUCCAGCAAGGGGCACCAAGGACAAGGGACAAGCAGAUGGAGACGGAGACGGGAGCCAGGCAGCGGCUCCAGAGCCUGAGCAGGAGUGCCAAGAGCACCAGGAGGCCCUUGAGCUCUUCUGCCUGGAGGACCAAACCCCCAUUUGUGCCCUCUGCACCGAGUCACUGGCUCACCGCACCCACACCCCAGUGCCCAUGGAGGAGGCUGCCGAGGAGUACAAGAGGAAGCUGGAGGCAACUGUAAAACUCCUGCAGCAGCAGAAGCUGGAAGCAUGGAGCCUGAAGUUCCAGCAGGAGGAGAAAGUGGCGGAGUGGAAGAAUACAGUUUCCAGAGAGAGAGAGAAGAUUGAGAAGGAGUUUGAAAAGCUGCAUGACUUCUUGGACGAAGAGGAGGAGCAGCUCCAGAGGAAGCUGAAGCAAGAGGAGAAGAGAACAGCCACCAAGCUCCGCAACAGUGUCACCCAGCUGGCCAAGCAGAGCCAAGCUCUGGGCAAGCUCAUCACCGAGAUCAAGGAGAGGUGCCAGCAGCCACCUUUGGGGCUGCUGAAGGACAUACAAAGCUUGCUGAGCAGGAGUGAAAACAUCCAGGCACAGAAGCAGGCAGGUGUCUCAGCUGAGCUGCAGGACACGUACAACAUCCCCACCAUCAGAAUUUUUGAGUUUCUAAACCAAUUUAAAGUGCAAAUGACGUUGGACCCAAAGUCUGCUCACCCCAGCCUCCUCCUGUCCGAGGACGGCCAGAGCGUGAGCCAUGGGGGAGUGCGGCAGGAGCUGCCAGACUACCCGGAGAGAUUUGACCCUUACGUCUUCGUGCUGGGAUCACUGAGAAUUACAGCAGGGAGGUGCUACUGGGAGGUGGAGGUGGGAGACCAGACCGAGUGGGACAUCGGGGUGUGCAGGGAGGCUGUGAAGAGGAAGGGGAAAGGUCCCCUGUCCCCACAAGCCGGCUUCUGGAGGAUGUGGCUGAGGAAUGGUGACCAGUACAAGGUCCUCCUGUCCCAUCCCAUCACCCUUUCCGUCAAACAAAAGCCAAAGAGAGUGGGGAUCUACUUGGAUUACAAAGGUGGGGAAGUGUCCUUUUACAACGUGACCCACCAGACCCACCUGUAUACUUACAGUGGGGCUUUCAGAGAUGCACUGCGACCCUUCUUCAGCCCUGGCUUGUCCCAGGGAGGGAGAAAUGCAUCUCCCCUUGUGGUCUGCCCAUCCAUGAAUCAGAAUGAGGGAUGAGCCUCCAUCAUCAUCAUCAUGAUGUCCUCUCCCCAUUCCCACCUCCAAAUGCAUGGCUCAGGACUGGGAGGACUCAGCUCAGGCCCCACCAUGUGAAGGAGUGGGAUGGAGGAAUGGUUACAGCAGGGCAUGUCCCCCAAAAUUUAUUAAAAUGAAAACUGCAGAGAAUAAAUAAAAUCCUUUUCUUUUUCUUC